UGACAUUCAAAAUGCACACUUCACUCAAGAUCAGUCUGGUGUACCAAACUAAUACUUAAAUCCAGUAAAUACUACCAGGAAGGGAAGAGGGUUUGUUGACAUCUUUUUUGGUGCCUCCAUAUGACAGAUUAAUAGGUUUUUUUUUUUCUUACGUUCUUGGCAAUGUUCCCCAGCCCCAGCACGUCCACUCCCUUCUCUGUAAAGGAUAUAUUAAACUUGGAGCAGAGUCAUGACGUUAUGGUGUCUUCUCUGGACGUUUCUUCUCGCAUGGACUGCUGCUCGACGUCCUCCUCCUCCUCCUCCUGCAUGCUGGCCCGCCUCAAGCAGGAGCCUCUCCGGGACAUGUCGACCACCGCCGCCUCGCUGUUUGGAGAGGACGUCCACAGCUCCAAAGCCGGCAGAAGCAAUGCACUCAGUUUUGCUUCGACCUUUUACGGCAAAUCCCUCAUUGAAAUGGAUAUAAACAAGGAUGGGAAAACAGACGCGUUUGAGGGGAAACGAAGGAAAGAGGACUUCAGUGUUCCUGCCGAGGCUGUGGAGGACUUAAAACCCGACGAUCCCGACCGACCCAAGCCCCGGAGACGCAGGAAGCCGCGCGUCCUCUUCUCCCAGGCGCAGGUGUACGAGCUGGAGCGCCGCUUCAAGCAGCAGAGGUACCUGUCCGCCCCAGAGAGAGACCACCUGGCCGGGGUGCUCAAACUGACCCCGACCCAGGUGAAGAUCUGGUUCCAGAACAGGAGGUACAAGUGCAAGCGGCAGAGGCAGGACCAGAGCCUGGAGAUGGUGUCUCUGCCGCCGCCCAGAAGGGUGUCGGUGCCGGUGCUGGUGCGGGACGGGAAGCCCUGUCUCACGGCAGACGCGGCCACCUACAACCCGUCCUACAGCAUGGGCCACAUCAACCACUUCACCUACAACAACUACCCGGCCUUCAGCAACUACACCAGCCCCGGAUGCAACACGAACUACGCAUGCAAUUACCCCGCAGCCACAAUGCAGACUAUGCAGGGAUCCUCCAGCAGCGGGAAUUACGUGAACUUUGGGGUUGGAGACUUGAAUAAUGUCCAGAACACUUUCUCCUCCAGUAACGGGGUGUCUUCGUUACACGGCAUUAGGACGUGGUAAAGAAGGGACGAAACAAAAUCCAAUUCUAUACUAUUAGAAAUUCCCUUUAACGGGAUUAUUUUUUGACUGCAUGCAUUUUCAAAAUUUUGCGGAGUUUGUGUAACUUCUUUUACAUUGAAUAUUUUUGGUAAUUAGUUUUUUUUUUUGUUUUCAGCACCAGUUUUUGUCUGAAUAGACUCCUACAUUUGUGUAAUUUGAGAGAAAAUAAAAUAAAACCAAAAACAAGUUGCAACCACAGUUCUUUAAAUGUUAUUUUAAAUUUUCAAAUUGUCAUUUGGCCUUUUUUUUAAAAUCUAAUUUUCUUACCUUUAUUUGUUUGAAGAGAACUGUCAAACACUUUCAUCUUUAAAUUUUUUUUUCCACUGAAUGACAAUAAGAAAAAAAUACAAGUUAAAUCUAUAUAUUUAGAAUAUUAUUAUUAAAGUUAAUUCUAGACAGGCUAUUGUUGUUUUUUGCUUUAAUGUUUCCUACAUGCAACUGACCUCACUGUGUCUGGUUUAGCUCUAGCCUAAAUCUUUAAAAUACAUGAAAUAAUAUUAAAAAUAGGUCCACAGUCCAAUUUGCAAUAAUGAUCUAUAAUUAUAACCAGACAUAUAAUCCAGUCUCUGGUUCACGCACUAGUAGAAAUGGUUAUAGGGCGACAUAAAGGUGCCUGACGAUGUACAACCCUUGCAUGGUUUGUGUCUGGAUAAAGUGUUCAAGUGGUUAUUAGGAAGCUUCCUUCAAAAUGCUUAAACAAGGUUAAAAGGUUGUUAAAAGUUUAUAUUUUUUACAACCUACUGUCAGCCACAUGUACUCUCUAUACACGCGUUUAAAGCCCGCUGCUGCUGGAACAGAGACGGCUGUCAGCCAUGACCUUGACCUCCCCUAAAUGUUUUCAACCAGGUUCUGAUAAAAAACACGCUAAAACGAACUCUUCUUUAAAAAGAAACAACAAAAAAAUCUCAUCUUACUUACAUUUACUGAAUUGUAUGUACAAAAUUUUACAUACAGGUAUAAUCAGCAAAAUUCUAAAAUCCACUUUUCUCAGGACUUGGAAAUAUGGACAAAUCUUGAUAAAAUCUGAUCCAAGAUAUUUAUUACAAUAAUGCAUUUCUAAAGAUUACUUUCCAAAAAGCUUUUCUGCCUGUUAAGUUAUGACUUUGUAAAUACAAAAAAAUAAAAGGCAAA